AUUACAUCAUUUGAUCCCAUAAAAGCAGACAAGCAGCCCAACAAAGUUGGUGACAUUAUCAGUCAACUCAAUAUGAUCUGAUCAUCCCAUCCCAUCAGUCUACAUCUUUGGAACUUCAUUUCUUCUUUCUUCAACAUCUCAAACACAAACACACUAACCAUGUCUUUGUUUAGAAACCUCUCAAAAAGUUACUUCUUCACCACGAAACAACUUUUCAAACCCCCCAACUCAACCAACCCUUCUCACCUCUUCCCAUCUCUCACUCUUCUCUCUCGCUUCUCCACUUCAACACCCGGUUCAACCGCUCCGGUUCGUUAUGCGGCUCUCGGACCAACCAAACCACACGAGAAGCCACGCGUGGUGGUUCUCGGCACCGGUUGGGCCGGAUGCAGAUUCAUGAAAGGAUUAGAUUCUAAUAUCUAUGAUAUCGUUUGUGUAUCACCGCGUAAUCACAUGGUUUUCACACCUCUUUUGGCUUCUACUUGUGUUGGAACUCUUGAGUUUCGAUCUGUUGCUGAACCUGUUGCAAGGAUUCAACCCACUAUUUCUAAAGAACCUGGUUCUUUUUUCUUCCUUGCUAAUUGUACUGGUAUCAAUGCUGAUAAACAUGAGGUACAAUGUGAGACUGUAACUGAAGGAACACAGACACUGGAUCCUUGGAAGUUUACAAUCUCCUAUGAUAAGUUAGUAAUUGCACUAGGAGCACAACCCACCACUUUUGGAAUUCAUGGAGUUUAUGAACAUGCAAUUUUUCUUCGUGAAGUUUACCAUGCACAGGAAAUCCGUCGCAAGUUGCUCCUCAAUUUGAUGAUGUCUGACGUUCCAGGGAUUUCGGAAGAGGAGAAGAAAAGGCUGUUACACUGUGUGGUUGUCGGAGGUGGUCCUACGGGAGUUGAAUUUAGUGGUGAACUUAGUGAUUUUAUCAUGAGAGAUGUUCGUCAGAGAUAUGCUCAUGUGAAGGACUAUAUCCAUGUUACUUUGAUUGAGGCUAAUGAGAUAUUGUCUUCCUUUGAUGACCGACUCAGGCACUAUGCCACCAACCAGUUGACAAAGUCAGGAGUGCGACUUGUUCGAGGCAUUGUGAAAGAUGUACAAGAAAAGAAGAUUAUACUUAACGAUGGUACUGAGGUUCCAUACGGAUUGCUGGUUUGGUCUACUGGAGUUGGUCCAUCACCUUUUAUCCACUCGCUGGAUCUCCCUAAAUCUCCUGGUGGAAGGAUUGGUAUUGAUGAGUGGCUUCGUGUUCCUUCAGUACAAGAUAUCUUCUCAAUAGGUGACUGCAGUGGAUUUGUUGAAAGUACUGGAAAACCAACACUUCCAGCUCUUGCCCAAGUAGCAGAGAGGCAAGGUAAAUACUUAGCAGCCUUGUUAAACAAAGUAGGUGAAGCCAAUGGAGGCCGUGCAAACAGCAUGAAAGAUAUAGACUUGGGGAAUCAGUUUGUGUACAAGCAUCUUGGAAGCAUGGCAACUGUUGGAAGUUACAAGGCUCUAGUAGACCUCAGACAGAACAAGGAUGCAAAAGGAUUGUCUCUAGCAGGUUUUCUCAGUUGGUUUGUUUGGCGCUCAGCUUAUCUAACUCGUGUCAUUAGCUGGAGGAACAGAUUCUAUGUAGCUAUUAACUGGGCUACAACUUUUGUUUUUGGCCGUGAUAUAAGCAGAAUAUGAAAAUUUUUAGGUCAUUAUUAAAGGGAUAAGUGAUGAAUUCCAGUUAGCUGAACAACAAGGAACUGUACUUGUUCAUGAUAUUUGCUUCGUGUAUGUUCAAUUUGGUAGAAAUUGGUGGCACUUGAAAGGAGAUUACACAAAAGAUAGCUUGAAGAGGAAGGCAAUAAAAUAUGGCAGUCUUUGGUCUUAUUAUAAUCAACAAUGUAUACACAUCGAGAUUCAACUCUAGGCAUCACGUAUAUUAGUUACUGAGCACAACAAACCAGUUUUCAUGUUUAUAUCAACUGUUCAUCAUCAAGCAAAAAUCAUAAUGAACUGUUCACCAAUUGUAUGUUCAAAAUAAUGUAUGAAAAAAUUAUGCCUAAAAUUGUACGAGACAAUGAGUUAGUCCCUCAAAUAAAGAAAUUGACUACAUCUUUGAAAUUA